AUUCCAUCUCCCGCACGUGGCGCGCGCUUUGGGCGCGGGGGCUUCUGAGCGGUUUGCUAGGCGGACGUCACGCGCAGAGGCCGUUGGAUCGGCGGAUAAAACCGUCCCUGUGCCGUUCCUGCCCCGGCGCAGGGCGAGCGGCCGGUGGUGGCGCUGAGGCUCGGCGCGCUUCCGUCAUGGACUACCGGCGGCUGCUGAUGAGUCGGGUGGUUCCGGGGCAGUUUGACGACGCCGACUCCUCGGACAGUGAAAACAUUGACUUGAAGACUGUCAAAGAGGAAGGUGAUAUUCUGUUUGAAGACCUUCAGAAUAACGUGGAUGAGAAGAUGGGUGAAGGUGAGAUGGAAGGGGAGGAAGAGGAGGAUUAUGACAACGAUGAUGACUGGGACUACGAUGAUGGAUUUGGAAAACUGGUCGGGUGCUCAGCCUCAGGUGGAGGGAGUAACCUGCAGGCAAAUCGACAGACUCCCAGUUACAAUUCAGCCAAAAUGUCUACUCCAUCAGACAAGGUCUUACGGAAAUUUGAGAAUAAAAUUAAUCUAGAAAAACUAAACGUUACUGAUUCUGUCAUAAACAAAGUCACGGGAAAGUUUAGACAAAAGGAAGCAGAUAUGUAUCGCAUCAAAGAUAAGUCGGACAGAGCAACUGUAGAACAGGUGUUGGAUCCCAGAACACGAAUGAUAUUGUUCAAGAUGUUGAUGAGAGGAAUCAUAUCAGAGAUCAAUGGCUGCAUUAGCACAGGAAAAGAAGCUAAUGUAUAUCACGCUCGCACAGCAAACGGAGAGAGCAGAGCAAUCAAAAUUUAUAAAACUUCUAUUUUGGUGUUCAAAGACCGGGAUAAGUAUGUCAGUGGGGAAUUCAGGUUUCGUCAUGGCUACUGUAAAGGCAACCCCAGAAAAAUGGUGAAAACGUGGGCAGAAAAGGAAAUGAGGAACUUAAUCAGGCUAAACACAGCAGAGAUCCCGUGCCCAGAACCUAUCCUGCUGCGAAGUCAUGUUCUCGUCAUGAGUUUCAUUGGCAAAGACGACAUGCCAGCGCCGCUCUUGAAAAACAUCCAGUUAUCAGAAUCCAAGGCUCGGGAGUUGUAUGCGCAGGUGAUCGAGUACAUGAGGAGAAUGUACCAGGACGCCAGGCUCGUGCACGCGGAUCUCAGUGAAUUCAACAUGCUGUACCAGGGCGGAGGCGUGUGCAUCAUUGACGUUUCUCAGUCCGUGGAGCAUGACCACCCGCACGCCUUGGAGUUCUUGAGGAAGGACUGCGCCAACGUCAACGGUUUCUUUCUGAAGCACGGGGUCGCCGUGAUGACUGUGCGAGAGCUCUUUGAAUUCGUCACGGAUCCAUCAGUUACACACGAGAACGUGGACGCGUAUCUGGCAAAGGCCAUGGAAAUAGCAUCUCAAAGGACCAAGGAGGAAAGGUCCAGCCAAGAUCAUGUGGAUGAAGAGGUGUUUAAGCGAGCUUACAUCCCUAGAACCUUGAAUGAAGUGAAGAACUAUGAGAGGGAUGUGGAUAUAAUGAUGAAACUGAAGGAAGAGGACAUGGCCAUGAACGCCCAGCAGGACAACAUUCUAUACCAAACUGUCACGGGACUGAAGAAAGAUUUGUCAGGAGUUCAGAAGGUCCCUGCACUCCUAGAAAAUCAAAUUAAGGAAAGUCAAGUUAAGGAAAAGACUUGUUCUGAUUCAGAAGAUGCCAGAAGCUCUCAGUGUUCUGACACAGACUCUGAAGACCAGGGAGACAACGCCUGCUCCAGAAAGCCCACCGCUGACCUUGAAGUUGAUAAAAAGGAAAGAAAAAAGAUGGUCAAGGAAGCCCAGAGAGAGAAAAGAAAAAACAAAGUUCCUAAACAUGUGAAAAAAAGAAAGGAGAAGACAGCCAAGACGAAAAGGGGCAAAUAGAACCAGAACUGUAUGAUAUACAGUGAUUUCCCAUCACCUGCUCUCUGAGCUGCAUCUGGAGGAUGGGUUAUUGAUUUUAACUGAAUGGUUAUUACUGCAGUGUCCUCGUGGACGGAUUCACGUGUUUUCAUGUGGAGCUGUGACAUCAAUUGGAUACACACACCACCACCACCCCAAGAUGAUAAAAAUGAAGACUAGGGGUUGAUGUGCAUUGACUUGUGCCCUCUAGCCCUCCCUUCAGUGACCGGGGGCGCCCACUGUAAGGUGACCGAUCUACGCCUGGGGGCUACAGCGCUGCCUCUGCACAGCCUUCUGUCCUCAGACCCUCGGCAUCAGCGCAGCUCUCCAGCCAAUGGAACGGGUGCAUUUUAAACUGGAUUGUUGUUUUGACUUUGACCACGUGAGACCAUUUGACUGUUAUCCAAAGUGCUUGGGCAACAGUGUAUUGACUGAUGAGUUCUUCAAUCCCAAAUCACCAUAACGUAGGAGAAUGGGAGACCUGAUAGAAGCCUAGCCUUAUAGUCACGCAUUUUCCCAACUCUUCCCAAAUAUGGACUGAAAGUUCUGAAAACAAGUUGAUCUUAAGAGAUGGUUCUGGUGGUGGUCUGUGAGAACUGUUCCAGAUACAGAUUUUUUUUUUUUUUUUUUUUUUGCAGUACGUGGGCCUCUCACUGUUGUGGCCUCUCCCGUUGCGGAGCACAGGCUCCGGACGCGCAGGCUCAGCGGCCAUGGCUCACGGGCCCAGCCGCUCCGCGGCAUGUGGGAUCCUCCCGGACCGGGGCACGAACCCGUGUCCCCUGCAUCGGCAGGCGGACUCUCAACCACUGCGCCACCAGGGAAGCCCCAACAGAUGUAUUUUUGAUGUAUUUGUGGGGGGAGGUGGGCUCCACUUCCUACUCCACGAUCUUGACCUCCUCCUCAAGGGAUGGUUCUGAGUUUGAACUAGGCCUCUGCUUCCUUGAGAAGCUGACCAACUCCCACAGUGAAGCACAAUCAACAGGGCAUGAAACAGGACCCCAGCCCCAGGGGUGGGCAGGAUUGUCAGUAGGUGCUUGGUCUGGCCCAACGUGGUUUUUCAGUAAAUGAUACCAAUAUUGGCGGUGAUGUUGGGAGCCUCCCUCCUGCUGCCGGGCACAUGAGCGUGGUCAAGGCUAGCCGGGGCAAGCUGCAGGAAUGGAUAAGGUACCUGCCGUUGGGGGAAGAUUUCUCGUCUGUGGAUUGCGGGAAUUGGACCAGAUGGCCAUCAAAUUUCUCCUUUACAAUUCUAUUAUUUUAAAACGCGUAGCAUGGACUUCCCUGGUGGCUCAGUGGUUAAGAAUCCGCCUGCCAAUGCAGGAGACAUGGGUUCGAGCCCUGGUCCAGGAGGAUCCCACAUGCCGCAGAGCAACUAAGCCCGUGUGCCCAACUGCCGAGCCUGUGCUCUGGAGCCCACGAGCCACAACUACUGAGCCUGUAUACCACAACUACUGAAGCCCACGUGCCUGGAGCCCAUGCUGCGCAAUGGGAGAAGCCACUGCAAUGAGAAGCCCGCGCACCGCAACGAAAAGUAGCCCCCGCUCGCCACAGCUAGAGAAAAGCCCACGCGCAGCAACGAAGACCCAAUGCAGCCAAAAAUAAGUAUAAAAAAUAAUAAAUAGUUUAAAAAAAGAAACCGUGUAGCACAGAUGACUCUUAUUGAAAGGAGUUGCCAAUAGGUAUUUUUGGGACUUCCCUGGCCAUCCAGUGGUUGGGACUCAGCGCUUUCUCUGCCAGGGCCCGGGUUUAAUCCCUGGUCGGGGAGCUAACAGCCCGUAAGCUGCGAGGCAUGGCAUGAAAAAACGAAAAAAAACUUUCAGAGAGAAGGAAAGGGGUCUCAGAUGAAGGCUUGAAGAGGAAUACAGAAUGAAAAAUAAAGAAAGCACGUGUGAGGGCAAAUAAAUAACAGCCGUUGAUUGUUAAAAAAAAAAAAAAAGAAAAAUUGUGUUUUACCGGAGUCCUGGGUAUUGCUAAACAAAGUGCUGUGGUUUUAUCAGGAUGGCCAAAGGCCUCAAAUUUCGUGCUCAAAGAAGUUUUUCUCAUGGAUACUGCACAUUGUGUGUUAUCUAUUUCUGAUUAUGAUUUCUGGCUUUAUAUAAAAUUAAUAAAGCAACUCACAGAGUGAAAAAAAAAGUAGCAUAUCAAUGAUUUAGAAAAGGCCCUUCAGAGGCCAAGGUUAGAAUUACAUCUCUUAAAACAGUUUGUUUAUUGAAAUACAAUAAGUGGGUUUAAGGUGCCAGUUAUAUCCCACAGGCCAGGUUUGCUUUUUACCUGUAUCAUAGUCUCAUAAGGCAAUUUUAUUUUCUUUACCAUGUACCAUUUGAAUUUAACGAUGGGAAUUCUGUUCCUUGUCCUGCAAUAAUUUUUGCUCCUCUGGAGGGAGAUAUUUGCCUAAGUUCUUAUCAUUAAUGUCCUGCGAGCUGCAGGAAUGGCCCGUGGACUAUUGAUUGCACAGGAGGCAUAAGACUAGUCAAGUUCAUGUCUUUACCUUCUCCUUAAAGGAUUAAAUGAAUGGAUCCUUAUGACAGCAGGUGCAUGUUUGGUGGUUGAUGUUUAAAUUAAUCCUUUGCAAGAGCUCCUGAAGAAAGAGCUCCUCAAUAACAUUUCCUAGAAGUUGUAAUUCAUUUAAUCAGGAGUUGUUCAUUUUACUUUAAAAUUAGACACAUACUUGAAGCAAAGAAUAUCAACCACACACAAAAAGACUCCUACGGAGCCUUAGACUGGAAAUCUGACCUGUUAUUAACUUGUGAUGCUCACUUCAUCUUUCUGGGCCUCAGUUUCCUCAUCUGUGAAACAAUGACAUUGGGGAGAUGAAGCCUGUGAUCGUUCUUGAGCUGCACUUUCCACGUGGUAUCCACGGGCCACAUGUGACGGUUAAGUUUUUGCAAUGGUGCUAGUCUGGACUGAGAGUGUCAAAUACACACCGGAUUUUGAAGACUUAGUAUGAAAAUAAUAUAUAUAUAUAUAUAUAAAGUAACUUUGUAAUUUUUUGAUAGUGAUUACUUGUUGGAAUAAUAAUAUUCUGCAU